CUCGCGUGAUGUCAAGUGUUGAUAAAAUUCCAUUGGAAGGAGGUCUUGAUUGUAAUGCCAAAGCUAAAGCAUGCCCUGUGAAGCGAAGCCUCGGUUCUUGGUUCUGUAUGGAUCUCAGAAGGGACAGGCCCAAUCCAUAGCAGAGGGGAUAGCUGAGGAGGCCGAGGAUCACGGACUGGUAGCUGAACUCAGUUGCUUGAACCAGAAUGAGAAGUACAAUUUGGAGAAGGAGAAUGCCCCAGUGGUCUUUAUUGUGUCUACUACUGGAGAUGGGGAACCUCCAGACAAUGCCCUCCAAUUUGUAAAGCGCAUCAAGAAGAAGACCCUCUCCACUGACCACUAUAAACACCUUUGCUAUGCACUUUUAGCUUUAGGAGACACAAAUUAUGAAAAUUUCUGCAACUGUGGGAAGACAAUUGAGCGUCGUCUACAGGAACUUGGAGCCAAACAAUUCUAUGCGACGGGAUAUGCAGAUGAUGGUGUAGGGCUGGAGGUUGUUGUGGACCCCUGGCUUGAAGGACUGUGGAAAGCAAUCAAAGGAGCCUUAUCAAAAAUGGCUUCUGAUAGGACUGGUCCCUUAAAAGGUGGUGCGGAAGAUUCACCAAAGGAAACUCCUGAUUCAUACAUACCAGAUGUCCAACUUAACCUCCUAAGUCUUAAUGACCACCAGAGCUGCGAGUCAGUCGGAGCAUCUGUAGACACGAACGCCAAAUAUGCAUCGGCUGCUUCAUCUUCGGCUCCUGAUACGCAGACUGCUGUUUCUGAUCUCAGGCCAGCUUCUACAGCAGGGAGCCCUAUGUUGGCGUCCCAGUCUCAUGGCACUGCCAGUGUUUCUACAUCAGCACCAGAGACACAGACCGGGGAUGUUGGAGUUCCACAUGAUGCAUUGGCAGCCUCACUGACAUGCUCCCUGCCCCCACUGUCAGAGUCUUCUCUUAAUGUACCUGCUCUGCCUCCUCCCUACCUGGAUGUCUCUCUUCAAGAUAUGGACAUUAUGGAACCGAUUGUUCGACGGUUAAACAGUGAAAGUCUUCAUGAGGUUCCCAUAUACAGAGCAGUUCAGAUGACCAGAGGAGAUUCAGUCAAGACAUCCCUUCUUUUAGAGUUGGACAUUUCUGCUAACCCGAUGCUGGCCUAUCAGCCAGGGGAUUCGUUUGAUGUGUUCUGCCCAAACAGAGCCACAGAGGUGGAGGACAUGCUCCACAGACUGGGCCUUCAGGACCAGAGGAACCAUCAUGUCCAUGUUUCUCUCAAAAAGGACACCAAGAAAAAAGGUGCCCAGGUGCCAUCUCACAUCCCCCAGAACAUUUCUUUGCUCUACUUGCUCACAUGGUGUCUAGAGAUCAGAAGUGUUCCUAAGAAGGCGUUUCUACGAGCGCUGGUGGAGCAUACAGGGGACAGUGUGCAGAGGAGGAGACUGCAGGAGCUCUGCAGUAAACAAGGCGCCACAGAUUACAACCUGUAUGUGAGAGACUCGAACCUCAGCGUUUUGGAGCUUCUUGCAGCCUUCCCAUCCUGCUGGCCUCCUCUCAGCCUCCUCAUAGAGCAUUUGCCGAAACUGCAGCCGAGGCCUUACUCAGCAGCCAGCUCCUGUCUUAAGCACCCAGGAAAGCUGCAUUUUGUCUUCAAUGUGGUAGAGUUCCCAGCAUGCUCUGGGCGGCCUGCGGGAAGGCGAGGCUUGUGUACCGGUUGGCUGUUUGACCUCAUCAAUCCUGGCCUGGUUUUCCCUGGGAAGCCUGAAUGCUCUGGCAGCCGGGCUCUGCCUAAGAUCCAUGUGAGUUUGAGACCAUACUGCUCCUUUCGGCCUCCCUCUGACCUGUCGGUGCCCUUCAUAAUGGUUGGACCGGGCACAGGAGUUGCUCCCUUCAUUGGUUUCCUCCAGCAAAGAGAGAAGGAGAGGCAGGAGAACCCCGAGGCUGUAUUUGGCGAGACCUGGUUGUUCUUUGGUUGUCGCCACAGAGACAGAGACUACCUGUUCAGAGAGGAGCUGGAGGGCUUCGUGUCCAGCGGUAUCCUGAACCACCUGAAGGUGUGUUUCUCCAGAGGCGACGAGCAGGAGCAGGAGGAGAAGGAGAUCACCACCUCAGUAGCUCGACCCAGAUACGUCCAACACAACCUGCUGCUUAACAGCCAGUACAUCACUGAAAUCCUGCUCAGACAGAACGGUUGCCUCUAUGUCUGCGGCGAUGCGAAGAACAUGGCUAAAGACGUGAAUGACACCCUGAUAGAGAUGAUCAAAACGGAGCUUCAAGUGGACCAACUGGAGGCCAUGAAGAGACUGGCAGGACUGAGGGAGGAGAAACGCUACUUACAGGACAUCUGGGGCUGACAGCGGAUGGCCAGAUAAGGGCAUUUUGCAGCAUCCACUGAGCUUUUUUUUUUAUAACUUCGUUCUAAAAAAAAAAGAAAAAAUCAGCAUGCUCAGCUGUAACCUCUACAGCCAUAAAAUUGUGGAUGCUGAAGCCUGGAGGUAGUUUACACCACCCAAUGUUACCAAGAUGGAAUGUAUCAUGCUAGCCUGGGGACAUCAGUUCACUACAUCAUCCUGGGCUUUGCUAUUUGAAAAGAAAUAACCUUGAUCAGGCCAGUAGUGCUGGAGAUUGGUCCUGGAGUAUGAAAAUGUGUUUUAGUGUAGAAAAGCCGCCUCCUUUCGUCCUGUCUGGGGAAAAGGCAUUUACUUCCGUUGGCUGUGAUGGAGUGAUUUUGAUGAGGCUCAGAGCGAGAUAUCGCUCCAACCUAGAUGGAAACAACACAGCAAUCUGUCGUUUUUAAACAACACACACACAGUAAAUUGUUUAUUGUUAUUCAAGGACAAAAUAAAUCAUUUUUUUUCUAAGUUAUUUUUGUUUUUGGAAUGUGCCAAACCAUCUCACUGCCAGCUAAAUGCAACAUGGUUUACCUCUAAAGUCAUAAUCAUUCAAUUCUUUAUAUAAAAGAAAAUGUAUCUCAAUUGCAAAAUAAGUUGGUUUGAUUGAUUUGCUCCAGUAUUAUCUCAUUUCAUCAUAUUUUCUUCCGAUAUACUGUGGAUAUUGCUAAUUUUUUAUCCUUUUUUUGGACAUCAUUGGACAUCAUGAAGACAGGUUUUAACGCAUAAGGUCCUAAAAAAAAAAUGGCUGAGUGACAAUUUUAUAAAUUAAGUCUAUGGAGAUGAGGACAUUUUCAGUAAUUUAUCAUUAUACUGUGUUAAGUUCCAAGUACACAGGGCGUGACUCUCAAUGAUAAUGUGCAGCUCUGGCCAGAGCAAUUUAUCUAACUAACUUUGUUUGUGUCUGUCUGCCCCCACAUACCCAGCAGACUGUGUGUUUGGAGACAGUGAACUCCAACUUUUCUAACUCCCGUAAAGCCGACUAAAAUCUCACAAACUGUGGUUAAAACAAACACAACUGUGCCUUGUGUGAUCAGGAAUUAAAAGACAUUUCAGUGUAAA